UUUAAGACACGCCAGAGACCCGAGAAGCUGAUUUUUCCUGCUAAGAAAAUACUGUCUGUACUUUCUCCGUCCUGUAGUUUGGUGAUCCUUGUGUGCUCAUAAAGAUUUCACCAGUUAUAAUUUGAUAUUCAUCUGAAGCUAUUUUGAGACGUGUGAGUUUUAAGACACUAUUAACACUGGAAUUUUUCUUGUUGCUCAACUGCAGGAAAUGAAUUAUUUGACCUCAGUGCUCAUCCAAUGGCUUAUUAGCUUUUUAAUUCAAUUUAUCUUGAUGUUUUUUUUUUGUGUGUUUUUUUUUUUGGCAAAGAUGCUAUAGACGCUUCCUGGUUGUCUCUUUCAGGCUCUGUAAAGCCAAAAGGAAAUUUCAGUUUUUACGGCUAUAUUAUUAUAAUUUUUUUUAUUCAUCCAGUUUUUAAAACCAUAAAUCUCUGUCAACACCCGAAGGAACGAGGAAACCAAAGCCAGAGCGAUCCACGGUGGAGGAAAGUUAAAAAACAGAGAGGGGGAGUUGUGUCUAGGUCAGGAUGUCCUGACUGUGUCAGUGCAGCUGAUUUUAUAUGAAGCUGUUUGGAUAGACGCCAUGCACCAGUAACCACAGUUUGAGCCUGUCUGGAUGUGUUUGAGUUAAUGCACAUCUGAAUUUUAUCAUAUCCUUUUUUCUGCCUAUUACUUGCUGUGCUCAGGUAUUUGUCAGUAAAAAAAACAUUCUUUUUUUUUCUAAGUGGCAGAGGAUUUUGAGAGUCAGUGAAUGUAAAUUGGAAGUUAUUUAAAAUGUUUUUUUUUCUUGCAGACACAGUUAUUUUUCUUUUUUUAAACUGAGUACACACUUUUGUGACACACAGGAAACGUUAUGUGUAAAUGUAACCAGCAACACGUUUUUUGGAGUAUGUUCAAUAAAAAGGAGCUUCCGUGUCGCUCUUUUUGCAGGACUCUGAUGGGGAACUCCUAUGCGGGCCAGCUGCGGAGCGCUCGCUUCGAGGAGGUCCUCCAUAACUCCAUCGAGGCCUCUCUGAGGUCCAACACCUUGGUGCCUCGGCCUGUCUUCUCGCAGCUCUACCUCGAGACGGAGCAGUCAUUUGGUCGAGCAGAAAACGAGGAUGAAGAUGACGAAGAUGGCUCUGAGUCAAACAGUCCGCCAAUACCCUACCAGAUGAAACCCCCCCCUGAGGGUUGCUGCACCACAGAUGGCUUUUGUCAGGCUGGCAAAGACCUGCGUUUGUCCUCGCUGGCGUCAGACGCCUUGGAUGUUCCCGCUGGUUUCAUGCUAGUUGGGGUGAAGUCCCCCUCCCUCCCGGACAACCUGCUGGUGUGUGCAGUGGAUCACCGCUUUCUGCCAGACGAACGAGGUCGCAACGCCCUGCUCGGCUUCUCUGGAAACUGUAUGGGGUGUGGAGAAAAAGGUUUUCGCUAUUUCACCGAGUUUUCCAACCACAUUAAUCUGAAACUCAGCACUCAGCCGAAGAAACAGAAGCACCUGAGGUACCACCUGUACAGAAACAAGCAAGGCAUGCUGGUCAAAGGAGCUCCCAUCUGCUGGAGAGUAAACGACGGCAGAAUCAGACCGAUAAGGCCCACUCUUUCAGAGAGCAGCCUGUCAUCCCAUGAACAGCCACCAAGCGCUGCAUUAACGUCACGGACAGCAGUGGCAGGAUCCCACGUGGAGCAACCAACAACGGAUGGCGCUCACACACUGAUCAACGGCAACCAUGGCGCUCCCUCGUCUGCUCAGCUGCAUGUAAACCAGCCUGGGAGGUCCUCUGCUGCAGCCCCCCAUGCAAAUGCUGGACCCCCCAAAAAGAGGCACAAAGGCUGGUCCCCUGAUCUAUCCGCCAACAGUCUGCAGGACAGCUCUGUGAAGUCUCCACCAGCAUCGUUAUCCUUAUCCACCUUAUCAGUGUCUUCUGUCGUCACCAAUGGCAACAGAUCAGAAAUCCCGUCUCUGCAGAGCUCCUCACAGGCGUCUGCCGCCAUUUUUUCUCCGCCACAGCUGUCUGUCAUAGUUCCUGAUCAGCUGCUGCACACCUGCAGACUGCAACCCGUCAUAUUUAAAGGACAUGGUCCCCUUCCUCAGCUGACUGGCAACGUGAGAGACAUCCUGGUCAGUUCUCUGCUCCACAGUUGCUACUUGAGCUCACAAACACUACCGAGAGUCUACCAGCACUAUGGACCUUCGCCCAUUCAGCCGCUGUCAACCGAGAUGCAGAUUCUGCUCACCAUUUACUACCUAGUUCAGCUUGGCCCUGAGCAGGUUCCCCUGGUUGAGGAUCUGGAGCAGAUAUUCAUGAGGUCAUGGAGGGAGUCCCACCUCAGUGAAAUCAGGCAGUUCCAGCAGCCUCAGACACCAGCAGUUCAAGGAAGACACUAUAAUCUCGAGACUCCCGUUCCUUUGCCUGGCCACCUGCAGCACAUCUCUCUGCAGAGUCACCAAACACUGACCUCCAGCCAGCUUCCCUGGCUGGCCCAGCUCGCUGCGUCCUCUAGUGGGGAGGGAGUGGUGGUGCUAGGGGAGGACGUUAGAUCUUUGGCUCAAGGACUCCAUCAGACAUUCAGCAGACUGAUGGAAGGAAAGCUUCAAAACACCAACUAUGUGGUCAUCAUCGUCACCACACCGGGACAUGAGACGCAGUCCUGCGUGGUGGUUACAGGGAAACACCAGUGCCGUGCCUUAUCAGAGAGCAUGUUUUCUCCCAGUGAGGGGCUGAAAGAAAUCAACCUGCAGUUGUCUUCAGGUGUUGCAGAAGAACUCAUCCACUUCUGCAAGUCUCUUGGAUCAGAUGGGGACAUAGAUAACCUUCUGGAGAGCAUCCCCACAAACAGCAAUGAAGCAUUGCCCCUGUCCAGAAACCAGGAGUGUCCUGAGGAGGCCAUGUCUAGCCCCAGAAAAGAACCCUGUCCAAAAGAUUCUCAAUCUUCAAAAGAUGAAGUCAGCUCUAAAGAGAGCAAAGACACUUGCUCAGAAUACUCUGCAGAAUGGCGUGAGGUUCGUCCCAUCCAGCUGGCGGUGGCCAGAAAGCUCCUGUCUCACGUUUGUGCCAUCGCAGACUCCAGCACACAGAACCUGGACCUGGGUUCGUUUGACAGGAUCAGCUUCCUCAUCCUAGUCCCGCCCUCAGAGGUCACAUUCCAGCAAACGGUUUUCCACCUCAGGAACUCUGGUGUCCUCCAGGACCUUGUGAGUUCUGACCAAGAAUGUAUGUCCAAGCUUGAGGCAGAGGAAUAUGUGGUGAAGAUGGACAAACAGGCUCAAGCACGCAUUGACCACCUUACCCAGGAAGCUCAUAGAAACCCUUACACGCUUUACAUCCUGGUUCAUGACCACGCCCACUGGGAUAUUAGCAGCUCAUCCUGCAGCAGCCCAGACGGCGGUUUGGGUCUCGUGGAUCUGCUCCUAAACUCUCAGCAGGUGAAAGAUGCGGCUAACAUCCUGAUUCUCCACGUCACCUCCUUCCCCUUUGCUCUUCAAACUCAGUGCACACGGGUUAGUCCGUACAACGAGAUUCACUGGCCUCCUGCUUUCAGUAAUGACGUGGACUUAUAUCAUGAAAGGACGCGCUAUUUUGGCGUGUCGGAGCUUUUAGAAACGACUCGCUCGGGUGGCUGCUUGCCUCUGAUGCGUUAUGAUUCGUCCUUUGAGAGCAUGUCCUCAGCGCUGGAAGAAAGGUUUCCAAAGCUGCACAGUGCUGUGAUCCGCACCAUGGUUUUGAUCCAGCACUACUGUAUGGCUUUGGUGGCUGUUUCCGGCAGAAUCAGCAGCUCUCACAACCUCCACAAGCAUACCUCUGUGGAAACGAUGGAAAUCAUGCAAGCCUUGCUCACCGCCGCUCAGCAGUGCCCCUCCCAUCACGGUCACAUGGUGCUGCUGCGGAUCCCCUCUUUAGCGCUGGCAGAGUGGGCCCACCGGCGGCUCUGCAGAGUGAGAAAGCAGCUCGAUCUGGAGGAUUGUUUCGAAAUUAUCCUGGGGAAUCCCAGUCAGACUCUUACUAUCAGACAACAUUUCACCAACCAGAUUAAGACAUGGCUGAAGGACCAGGACUGUGACUGGGUUCCUCAUACCUACUUAGAGUUGGAGGCUCUUCCCUGCAUCUUGAUUCUGUCAGGAGCCGAGCCUCUAGGGGAAUCCCUGCCCAGGUCUCUGAAGUACUGUGACCUCCGCGUUAUAAGCUGCUCCUACCUUCACCGCACGACUCUAGAGCAGGAACUGGGGCUGGCAGCCUAUCUGGUGAAGGCAGAGUCUCGACCUCUGCACAAACCUGGACCAGGAAGUGACGUGAUUGAAAGUGAUCCGGAAAAACUCAGCAGCACUGACAACGAGGAGGAGGAGGCGCAAGAGAACGGAGACUCUGUACUGCAGUCCACUCAACCAGGACCUGUUGGGUGCCAAAAGAGUGCAGCCGAGUGUGUCCCUGCACAAAGCACCACCUCUCCAAAUGUCCAGAAGGGGGCGUUCGAUGCUCUUCCGUCUCCCUCAAAAGCACAAGCUCAGCCCCAGCCUUCAUCUCAGUCCUUCCCACAUGCUCCAACUGCACCUCCAAACCAAGCUCAGGUUCAAGCUUACACCUCUCAGAUGCACUCACAGUCCCAAAGUCAACCGUCACCCCACGCUAUAGACCAGACUAACAUCCGUCCCACCUCCCAGCAGGCACCCAUUUCCCACCAAAUCCAUCCUAAAUCCACAUCGUCAGACUCUUCGUCCCCCCGGGCCUCCUCUCCCCAUCAGAACUGCUCCUGGGCUCGAGGAGUGGGCCGCCCGCCCUCUGUGCUGCUGCCUCGUGCCCUCUACGACAUAAUCACAGUCAGCGACAGCAGUGGGCUUCCACGCUGCACCUCAUUCUUGCCUCACAUCUAUGUCGCAUGGGCAAGCAGCUUUAGACCUUUGCUGAGCAAAAUGAUGACCUGCACAGAGCAGUCCCUCUAUUACCGCCAGUGGACCGUCCCGCAACCCAACCAUAUGGACAGCAGCAACCGAACGGAAGGAAGGAGCGACAACUUCCACCCUCGCAGGCUUCUGCUCAGUGGACCCCCACAGGUGGGUAAAACAGGAGCAUACCUGCACUUCCUGGGGAUUCUGUCUCGAAUGCUGAUCCGGCUUAUGGAGGUGGACAUCUAUGAUGAAGAAGACAUCAAUUACAGUGUCCAGGCUGAGUCUGUGCAGUUUCACCCACCUAAUGCUCCUUGGCCCAAAACGGACGUAAUAAAGAGAAUGCCGUUUGACUACAUCAUCCAUGAUGCCAAAUAUGACGACAUUAGUUCCAUAUAUUGCCCUGGAUUCAAACCGGUUGGUGAAAGAAAUCCUGUGCGACAGGAGGAUGUUUACCUACGCAGGCGGACAUCCAGAAUCAAGUUGUCCAAGUAUGCGGCCUACAACACCUACCAUCACUGUGAACAGUGCCAUCAGUACUUGGGCUUCAACCCGAGAUAUCAGAUAUACGAGUCGACGCUGCAUGCGUUCACAUUCACCCAUCUGCUGCUGGGAGAAGACAUCCAACUGUAUUUCAUCAUUCCAAAAUCCAAAGAGCACUACUUCAGCUUCAGCCAACAGGGAGGCCAGCUGGAGAGCAUGAGGCUGCCUCUGGCCUCUGAACAGAACCCAGACUGCAUCAAGACUCCAAUCUUUACCCCGACCACAGGACGCCACGAGCACGGUCUCUUCAACUUGUAUCACGCCAUGGACGGAGCAUCACAUCUACACAUUCUUGUGGUGAAAGAGUACGAGAUGGCCGUCUACAAGAAGUACUGGCCCAACCACAUUAUGCUGGUGCUGCCCACCAUCUUCAAUGGAGCUGGAAUCGGUGCUGCCCAUUUCCUGAUUAAAGAGCUGUCGUAUCACAACCUGGAACUGGAGCGCAGUCGGCGUUUGGAGGGAGGAAGCCCUGCAGAUGUGUGGCCCUUCAUCAUCCUUGCAGAUGACUCCUGCGUGAUGUGGAAUGCGGUGGACCUCGAUGCUCGGAGUGGACCAGUGGAGCAUGCGGUGUCAUUGAAGCAGGUCCUUCAGCACAUGGAGGCCUGUCCAGAACUAGCCCACUAUGGCCUGUGCGGCAUCAGAAAGUGGAGUAGCCGUGGGCUUAAAGGGAGUAAAAGAUGGGAACCCUUCUUCAGAGGUCACCUGUAUGACUUCCUUCUCCUCAAUGUUGACCGGAGUCAGAACGUCCAGUAUGACCAGAACCGCUUCACCUGCCACGACGUGGACUUCACCCUGAGGCUGCACAGUGCUGGCCUCAUUGUCUGCAGAUUCAACAACUUCAGUGUCAUGAAGAAGCAGAUCACUAUAGGAGGAUACAGGACCUUCAUCAUCAAGACCAAGAUGACAGAUGUUCCCACCUCAGUGGGACCUUCACAGUACAUCUGUGCCCCAGACAGCAAGCAUCUUUUCUUGGCCACACCGGCGCAGCUCCUUUUGGAAAAGUACCUCCAACACACAAGCCAGAAGCUGUUCCCGCUCAGCAUCAAGAACUACGCAAACCCAGUUCUGUCUGUAGACUGCUACCUCAACCUGGGUCCUGAGGUGACGGUGUGUUUUAUGAGCUCCAGACCUCACUCUGUCAACAUCAGCACCACAGGGUUGCUGUUCAGCGGGCUGCUUCUCUGCUUUGCCGAUGCCUUUGUGACUUCUGCCUUCCUCAAGAAAUUCACCUUCCUGAAAGGUGCCACCCUGUGUGUCAUCAGCGCAGACCGCAGCUCGCUGCGGCAGACGGUGGGCAGGCUGGAGCUGGAGGAGGAGUGGAGGUUCAGGCUCAGCGAUGAAUUCCAAACCGCCAAUGCCAAAGAGGACCGACCGCUCUUCUUCCUGACUGGAAAACACAUCUGACUAUAACAGACAUUCAAACUCAGAGCAGCUCAGAGUUGCCCUAAAAUCCAUUACCAGUUCAUAAAAUCCAUAUGGAUAAAACAUCAAUGUUUACUUCUGUCUACAUUCGUGUAAAAGACAAUAAUCUUGCUAGAAUUAGUUUCAUUCCUUUAUUUAGUGCUUCAUGAUUGCAUCAGUCAAUGCAGAUCUUCCACUGACCUUCCUAUCUUACAAUUUUUUAUUAGUUCUUUCAAUAGAAUAUCAAGGGCAAUCUAAAGUACAAAAGUAAGAGUAAAAAAGUGGAAACAUUUCAGGUACUGUCUUAUAUUAUUAUCUUUUUAUACUUUUGUACUACAUGCCAGUGCUCACACAUCUGUGUGCAAUUUCUGGCCACUUUUUUUUUUAUAUAGAAGUUAUUUUUAUUGUCAAGUAAGUUUUUUACCAAAAUGUCAAAUAUAUAUUUUUGUCAUAUUUGCUUAAUGUAAAAAAAGUACUUAUUUGCAAUCUGACUGAAAAAGAUGUGUUCUGACUGUUGUAGUCGUCACAGAAGCAUGAACCCUUUGUAUUCUGACAGCCUUUUCCUUUGUACAGUUUUUAUACUGCAGAUUUUAUAAAUGUACAGAUGUUUCAA